CUCCACCUCGUUUGCUCUAGCCUCUGCCUGGAUAUAUUCGCCAUCUUUAGACUCUUUGUCCUACAGGUCUUCCCUCCCAUUCCCAUGCCUCCAGAGUCCAGACACCCUCACUCAACGAAAUCCGCGUCUCAGGCUCAGAUAUCCCAGUAAUCUGGCUAAGCUUCUCAGGACCGUCCACUGUUCCCUGUCGCAACCAACUCAGUUUUGUUAGCGUCACCGGGCGAGCAUCCGGAUCCACGACAUCUGGAUUCUCCAACCAGCCCAACGAGUGUCUCGAUAGCCACAGCUGAGUCGAAUCAGGCUAUUCAGAUUUAAUCUUUCAACUUGUCGACAACAGAAGGGAUGGCUAUCGAAGCAGCCCCGCACCCGGGUCUUGAGACUCAGCAGCACGAGGAGUUUAUCGAUUACUCUGAAGACGAUUCGGCAGCACCUGUCAUCGCCUCCAAAGGCUCCAACAACAACUCGUUCUCCUCCACCGUUAAAUUUGUAGCCGAUCCGUCAGAGAACCCAGAGGAAUUGCUUUCAAACAUAGACCACCAAAGUCAAGCUAUCGACCUGCAGGUGGAAGUUGACUCUGAGGCCAUAUCCGUGAUCGCCGACACACACUUUGACGGCGACGGCACAGACUUCUUCGACGUAGUCGACACCGAAGCUGACAACCAGCUCGACGCUACGGAAACCGAUGGUGGUUAUUUUGAUGACACCGAAAAUCCUGGCGAGGUCAAGGUUGCGGAACCUGAGGGUAUUGACAUGAACGAAAAUGAAAUCAGCUGGGAGGAUGGACCGAGCAACGAGCAAGACGCAGAGAAAGACAACAGCAACAAAAACAACGACAUCGCCAAGCCUAUCAAUGACGACUGGCAGCUAGUUGGCGAAGGAGAACACGCCGUACAUGAUGCCACAAACUCCAAUGAGGACGCUUCCAACCACGGGGAAGCGGAGAGCCAUGAGACUGACCACGCACUAGAGGUCCAUUCCGAUGCAUCUGACAAUCUUGAUGAAGAACCAGAAGCAACAUCUGGUGUCAACGUUGGUCCUGUCUCGGGGGGACAGCAAGCGGCCGGAACCCAUGAUUCGAAGGCGGAUGGCGAUGUGAACGAGAUAGAAUAUCCUGAAAACCAGGACAUCGACAACUCCGUCGAUGCCUCUGAAGACGUUGACGACGCCCGGGCCGAUGGUCAGAAUGCUAUCCAGGAGGGCCUUGGCAACGCUGCCGCCAAACAAGAAGACGCCGAGGACCAUGUCAUGGGCGAAGACUAUGAAUCACAGCUCGAACAAGUGAUCGAAGGCAGCAUAGUGGCGACUGAUGGUUUCAACGAAGAACAACACGAUAGCGAGGUUGCCGAUGUUCCAGUCUACGCCGCACCAGACGAAGAGACGUCAGACCGCGAGCAUGUGGUCUAUGAUGAUGAAAUGCUUGCCGAUGCACGAUCUUCAGUUUCAGCAGAGACCCCGUCCAAUGAGGACAUGGAUAUACCUGUUAUCACGGUCUCAUACAAAGGCAUUGACUAUCCCUUCUUUUACGGCGCGCCGGAUAGCGAGGGCAAGGAAUGCUUCUUCAAUGACCUAUCCCUUUUGCACUGCAAAAUGGAAGGAGUAUUGGCUGGCUUCCGCCGAGAACUUGCCAGCGAACUAGGUCCACUUGAUGAACUUGUGUUUCAAAUCGACGAGCUCGGACUUGAGUUUGCCGAAUCUACCCAGUCAGAUGUGUUUUCCGACAUCACAUUGGGACAGAUCAUAUCUGUUUUUGACUCGUUGGUCAAGAACCAGAACCCUGAUGCAUCGAAGCCGCUCUACGCGUAUCUUUCAACUCGGCCGAACUGCAAGAAACGAUGGCUCUCGCUUGUCGAUGAUGCUUACAAUGGCAAGGGUCUUGAUGAAAUCAGUUUUUACUUUGCAUCCAGGGCGCAAAGCGAAGCUCCUGAAAUCAUUGAUGACGAUGAACCUGACCUGAUUGGAGAGGAAGACAAUGCCGAUGCUGCUGCAUGGCCACAGUCCCCUGGCGAGAGCGAGCACGGUGACCAAGACGAUGUCGGGGUCCAGCGUGAAAGUGCUGAGAUCAACGAGGAGACCAACGACGAUGACGAUGUCGGCGAUGGCAUCGCCGUAGACGACGACCUGCAGCCGCAAGGCGCUGAUGACGAGCAUACCCUCGAGCCAGAGGCAAGUGCUGCAGAAGAUGUAGACGCCGAAGCGACAAUGGUCGACACUGAAGUUUCUCUCAUGGAUGAUUCUGCCACAGCCGAGGUUGCUCUUACUGUUGAAGCCGCCGAAGUGGCAGACGUGGCUGAGGACCAGCAGCCUCAGCAUCACGAGGAGAAUGCUCUAGAAGUCGAUAUAUCCAACCCACUGGCGUGGGCUGCGGAGGAAGCCAAUGCGUUUACUACUGCUGAGGACACUCAGUCCUUCCUAAAUGAUGAGGACCUCAUGCACAACCUGAACCAGAUAGCCGAAGGCGUCGAUGGGAUUUCAGCAGACAAGGUAACCCCCAAUACCAGUGCCACAUCGACUCUGAACGGCGACGAAGAGGUCAACUACGAUAAUGAGCUUGAUAUCAAUGCCGACCUUCCUGAAGAUGAGAUUGAUGGCCCUGAGGUUCUUGCCCAGGACGACGAACUGGCAGAGAUCGAUUGGAGGGAGUUCCCUGGACAAGACGAUGGUGUCGCGAAGUCUCCUUCGAUCUCUGGCAAACGCCCGAGAUCGGAUGUGGACGAUGUGCUGGAUGACGAAGCCCAGAAAGACGUCAAGCGUCGUCGGUCUUAGGCUUCGGGCAUCCUUCCAACUAACCCUUGAGGCAUUUUGGCCGACACAGCUCGAUAUCGGGUCUACUGGAUUUUCGGUCCCAGACGUUCGCCAUCUUGCCAAACCCGGAUAUUCUAGUGCGACACUGCGACUACGGAAGUGUUCCGCGUCAGGGCAUCGCGUCUGAUUUAAAGAGCUUGUCGCUUGGGUCAACAAAUGUGACCAUCAAGGUAGGCUUCCGAAAUGAUUUCUUACUGACUUGCAGUUUUGCCUCCGAACAACCACCAACCAGGCGGCGACCUGGCGUACUGAAUGGAUGAUACAUUCCUGAUGCAGUUUCUACCAAUUCUUCUCGAUACCCCCGUCUAUUAUCUUGCAUGUUGGUGGAUUUUUGGCGUACAACGGGGAUGAAACGUGAUGGGAUGGCCCAUUCGGCUCGGUCAAUGUUUCUUGUACAAGUCGUUUGGGGAAAGGACAUAACGAAGCCGAGGAAGCCUGCAGCUAGGUGAAGUAUGAAGUCUUUCCGCAUCAAGACGCAGACAUGACCACCACCUAGGUUUCCUUAGGAUAUCUAGAUGAAUGUUGGUCGUUUGUUUCGGAAAUGAGCUCGUGGAGGGAGAUAUGUCGAUGAUGCCAUAUUUCACCGAGCUGAUGCGUAGAGCCCCUCGAGAACAACGGCCUACACCAGGAAAAACAUCAUUUAUUGAAGAAAAAGCAUUCACCCAGUGACUGCCACGGCGUAACUAUGUGAAGUUGAACGUGGCGACUCGAGUCAAUCUGGUGAAAGUGAAC